AUGCUUGGUGACUUUAAUGAAGUUUUGAGUAGUGAGGAGAAAUAUGGAGGGAACCAGAUAAAUCUAAACAGGGUCUUGGAAUUUAAAGAAUGCUUAGAUAAUUGUAACUUUUUGGAUUUGGGCUUUGUUGGCCCAAAGUUUAUGUGGACCAAUAAGAGGCCUGUCACAAGCCUUAUUCUUGAAAGGCUUGAUAGAUGUUUUGCUAAUCCCAGCUGGAGAAUGUUAUAUCCUGAAGCUAUUGUAACCUACCUACCUAGGACUUUUUCAGACCACUGCCUAGUUUUAAUUAAGCUUUUGGGUAGUAGAACAAAUACCACUAAUAAACCCUUUCGUUUCCACACCAUGUGGUUACUGCACCCCCAAUUCCCAAAGGUGGUUGAGGAAGCUUGGUCUGGAGAUAGGUCUCUUCCUUCAGCCAUUUUUGAAUUUACCACUAGAGUGAAGAAAUGGAAUUUUGAAGUUUUUGGUAAUUUGUUUGCAAGGAAAAAAAAGGUGUUAGAUAUAUUGGGUGGAGUUCAAAAAGCUAUAGCUUGCAACCCGAGUGAAGCCUUUCUUAGAUUGGAGAAACUUUUGAUUGAGGAGUGA